AUGUCGAAGAGGAAAACCAGGGAGCCUAAGGAGGAGAAUGUUACUCUUGGACCUGCUGUCCGUGAAGGGGAGCAUGUCUUCGGAGUUGCUCAUGUCUUUGCAUCAUUCAAUGACACAUUCAUCCACGUCACUGACUUGUCCGGGAGAGAGACCCUUGUUCGUAUCACUGGUGGAAUGAAGGUCAAGGCUGAUCGUGACGAGUCAUCACCAUAUGCAGCUAUGCUUGCUUCUCAAGAUGUGGCGACACGUUGCAAGGAGCUCGGCAUCACUGCUUUGCACAUUAAGCUCCGUGCCACUGGAGGCAACAAGACCAAGACUCCUGGACCUGGUGCUCAAUCCGCUCUCAGGGCACUCGCUCGUUCUGGCAUGAAAAUUGGACGCAUUGAGGACGUGACCCCCGUUCCCACUGACAGCACCCGCAGAAAGGGUGGUAGGAGAGGAAGGAGGCUGUAG